AUGGACAGCUCCCCUGCACAACGUCUCUUCUCACGCAGAACCCGAACUUCCCUACCCAUAGCUAGUCAGUUGCUGCAGCCACAGUUGGUCCCUGAUGUGGGCGACAAGUUACAAGAGAGAAAAUUGAAACAAGCCAGGUAUUACAACAGAGGAGCCAAGGUACUACAGCCUCUACAAGAGGGAGAUGUGGUGCGAGUCCGACCCCUUAAUCGCCGGUCGAAAUGGUUCAAGGCCCAAGUUGAUCAGCACAUAGAUGUGCGCUCCUACAAUGUUCGCACUGAAGAUGGUCGACUUUAUCGCCGCAACCGUUCCCAUCUCUACAAGGUUCCUGAGAGGUACCAACCAAACCAUGAUGAAGAGCUGGUGUUAACUAAGUUGUCUACGCCGGAACAGCCUGAGGGUGCAUGUCAGUUGCCUUCAGCAUCCCCUGUAUUGCCGUUGCCUUCUGUAUCUCCCACACCACGGAUGCCUCAUGUUUCAGAUGUACAACCUCCUACCAAUGGUCUGCCAACGGAUGCCCAACCAAGGGAAGUUACUGAUCCUGCUCCGGUUACGACUAGAAGUGGCAGAAUUGUUAGGAAACCUGCUUAUCUGAAAGACUUCUGUGUCUAG